CUGAAAAAGCCUAAAGGAGUGGGUAGGCAAUCGCUGUUCCAUCGCUCACUCGCUCUCCAGACCAGGGAUAUUACGGACAGCCUCGUAGACCAUCUAUAGAGCAUACGCGCUGAAGCCAGAGGUGGCGACAGGGGAAGGAGAGGCGAUGAGCUUGUUGGUAUGGCUACGCAGCGGCGACACUGCCUUGCUUCGAAAUGAAACAGAGGCAGUGCCGAGGCGAAGCUCCGACGAACUCGGAGCAUGCAACGUCUGGCGAAGUGAGCACUGGAUAGAAGGGCAUCUCAAGAUCGACUUGCGAUUUGGGCAAGGCAAUUUACGCCCGAGGCAAUCACAUGCUCUCCACCUCGGGACAAGAAGGAGAGCAAGGUUCUUCCGUGGUGACGGUGCCGACGCUCACUACGAGGAGAGUGAUUGUCAGGAGAAGUGCGGCAUAGGGAUACGUCAGACAUGGCAGACCACGCUCUGCCUUGCUGACUCUUUGCGCGGCGGUAAGAAGAGUAAAGGCUAUAAGCUUGCGAUGCUUGCGAUCAACUUUGAAAUCGUACAUGGUCAUUUUCUCUCGAAUUCAGAAUGGUUGCUGCAAGCUGUCAACAGUACCUGUGAACGGCAACCAUCCUCUCUUCGUCACGACAGAAAUUGUAGCGGACUUGGCACUUUGCACCUAUGAACCGGUUCGAUCCAAGUAAAGGUAGGGUAUGACAGCCGCCGCUGCUCGU